GAUGUCGAUAUUUACUAAAGCACGUUUGGUGACAGUUGUGUGUUUACAACUUAUAUAAAGGAAUUUUAAGACGUUAUAUGUAAUGUUUUCCGACAUCAUUUAACAUUGAAUGUCCUGGUAAUGCAUAACUUCUACAUGUAGAGAAUACUUUUCUUAUAACUUAGAUUAUAAGUGAUUAGUAGAUUGUUACAGAUCCUAAAAACAUGGCAGAGGAUAAUACAUCUUUCUCAGAGUUCAUGGACUUGGAUCAUGACUUGGAUCUUGACACUCGGACAUGUAAUGGAGUGAGACAGGAGAAACAGCUGUCUGCCUCACAGAGAAGAGGCUACAGCUUGUGCAGGAGGAAGUCGUUUGCUGGCUUUGUGGCGUCCAAGAGGAACAGCGGUCAGGAGGAGGGGGACUACUCUUGGUGCUGCUGUGCUCUGACCUUUAGAGAACACUCUGCCAUUCACAAACACGUGGCCCGGACUCAUGAUCCUGAAAUACAGCGGCUCACACAGGACGCUUAUCAGUGUCUGUUGACCCAGCUGGAAGAAGAAGCUGAAACACAGCAGCUGAACGAGUGUGAGGCAGAGCCGGUGGACAUUUCUGCCUGGAUACCUGACACCAGGCACAUCUCUGAGGAGCAGCUCCAGAAAGGUCCAGGCAAGGUUCUCCUCUAUUACCGUUACUGUCAAAUUGAGGAUCCACAUGUCAUCUGUGCUUGGCAGAGAGCUUUGUGUGAGAAGCUGCACUUAACUGGCAAGGUGAGGGUGGCGACUGAAGGCAUCAAUGGAACAGUUGGAGGCACCAACAUGGCGACCGACGCUUACAUCGACGCAACGCGAUCCCACCCUCUCUUCAAGAUGGAAAAGGAUGAUUUUAAGACAAGUGAUGGUGGUGCAGAGUGUUUUAAAGACCUGAGGGUCGGAGUCUAUAAGGAAAUCGUCCCAAUGGGAAUGGAUCCUGAUGUGGUGUCCUACCAACUGGCAGGAGUUCAUCUGGAGCCGGAGGAGUUUCACAAAGAGGUGGAGGCUCUCUUGGCUAAAGCGGAUGAGAACAAUGACACCAUCCUCCUGGACUGCCGCAAUUUUUAUGAGAGUAAAAUUGGCCAGUUUACUCAGUGUCUCGCCCCGAGCAUCCGUAAGUUCAGCUACUUCCCGGACUACGUGGACCAGAACCUGGAUCUGUUCAGAGACAAGAAGGUGUUGAUGUACUGCACCGGGGGGAUCCGCUGUGAGCGCGGCUCUGCCUACCUCCGCUCAAAAGAUGUGUGUAAAGAGGUGUACCAGCUGAAAGGUGGAAUCCACAGAUAUCUGGAACAGUUCCCAGAGGGUUUCUACAGAGGAAAGCUUUUUGUGUUUGAUGAACGCUACGCCAUCUCCUCCAACAAAGACAUCAUCUCAGAAUGCAGGUACUGCGGCUCUCCCUGGGACCGGUACCAGCUCUGCUCCACCCGGUUCUGCUGCCAGCUGGUUCUGUCCUGUCCCGGCUGCAGACAGGACGGACGCACCGCCUGCUGCCCCGCCUGCCAGACCAAGGGACAGAACCAGAGCCAGGCGCCUGGUCCGCAUCACAAAGAGGAGUGUGAGUGCACUGAAGGACGUCCCAGAAUCCCUCAGGAUGCGUAGCGUUGGAGACGCUACGACUGGACAUCAGGGCUUUCCGCCACAUGAAUAUUGAUGCCUGUCCAAGGAUAUAAAUCACAAUGUAUAGCUGAAAUUAGAGGAUGGUGCCCAGUUCAUUCACUUUUUUAGAUGAAUAUUGGGAAUUAAGUCAGAUGUAUUGUUUAUUGAAGGAGUUUUAUUCUUAAGAAAGUCAUCUGUGAAGCUGAUGAAGAUGGAAACAAUUUAAAUUUGUUUUUUAAUUGAGAAAAUAUAAGAAUGCAUCGGCAAAAUCAAUGAUUUUUAUUACAUGGAUUUUCUGAAUCUGGAAUGCCUCAUCAAUAAUAAAAUCCAGGUGAUAU